GAUCGCGCCACUGCACUCUAGCCUGGGCGACAGAGUGAGACUUCGUCUCAACAACAACGACAACAAAAAAAGAUAAAUUCACAGGAGCAAUUACCAGGUCAGGGGGUAAGAAUAUAUUUGCUGUUUAAUGGGUAAAGUUUUGCAAGAUGAAAAGAGUUCUAGAGAUGGAUAGCGAUGAGAGUUGUACAACAUGAAUGUACUUAAUGCCAUUGAGUACCAUUAAAAAUGGUUAUGAUGGUAAAUUUUAUGUUAUGUGUAUGAAAAAAUUUUUAACUCUAAAGAUAAGGGAGACACCGGCAGAGUCGGGCACUGCCAGGCUGGCAUCUAGAAGUCCAAAGUCUGGACCCUAGCAGUGCAAGAACAUCUGUUACCCUGUCUUCUCAGAUCCCCGCCGGAAGUGUAGGAAGAGAGCAAGCAGAUUUGAGCCUAUCUGCUUUCAAGCUGGUGAUCGUGAUGAAACUUAGAAACAAAAAUGAAAAGCCAGGUAAAGGUUCCAAGGGCUGUAAGAAGCCUGCAAAACGAAAUGGGAAGAAAGCAACCUCCAAAGUGCCCUCUGCUCCUCAGUUUGUUCAUUCCAAUGAUCAUGCCAGUCAAGAGGCUGAAUUAAAGAAUAGAGUUGAGGAGAUGAGGGAGAAGCGAGCUGCCCAGGAGCAAGAAAGACAAAAACGCAGGUCUAUCAAGAGCUACUGUGAGGAUAUCCUAACACGCCAGGAGGAGUUUGAGUGUAAGGAGGAAGUUUUGCAGGAAUUAAAUAUGUUUCCUCAGCUGGAUGACGAGGCCACGAGGAAGGCUUAUUACAAGGAGUUCCGUAAGGUGGUAGAAUACUCUGAUGUGAUUCUGGAAGUCAUGGAUGCCAGAGACCCAUUAGGCUGCUGCUGCUUCCAAAUGGAGGAGGCUGUUCUAUGGGCAGAAGGCAACAAGAAGCUGGUCCUAGUCUUGAACAAGAUUGACCUGGACCCCAAGGAGGUUGUGAAGUGGCUGGAUUACCUUCAGAAUGAGUUGCCAACUGUGGCUUUCAAGGCCAGGACCCAGCAUGUCAGCUUUGGAGCUGAAAACCUCAUGAGGGUUCUGGGGAACUAUUGCCACCUUGGUGAAGUGUGCACCCACAUCAAUAUGGGUAUUGUGGGCCUUCCCGAUGUUGGGAAGAGUAGCCUGAUUAAUAGCCUGAAGCACAGCCAUGCAUGCCGUGUGGGAGCCGUUCCUGGGGUCACGAAAUUCAUGCAGGAGGUCUACCUGGACAAGUUCAUCUGGCUGCUGGAUGCUCUAGCCAUUGUCCCAGGGCCCAGCUCCGAGGUGGGCACCAUUCUGCAUAGUUGCAUCCACGUGCAGAGGCUGGCAGAUGCGGUAACCCCAGUGGAGACCAUCUUGCAGAGCUACAACCUGGAGAUUUCCAAUUACUACCUCCUCUCUGGGUACCAGACCACUGAGCACUUUCUGAUGACAGUGGCCCACCAUUUGGGGAAGAGAGACUUAUGCAGUCAGGAGCAGGCAGCCAAAGCUGUCCUAGCUGACUGGGUGAGCGGGAAGAUCAGCUUCUAUUACCACCACCACCCACUCACAAUGCCUGCCUAUCUCAGCACUGAGAUCAUUAAGGAAAUGACCAAGGUCUUUCACAUCGAGAAUACCGAGCAGGUCAAUGAAGACACCAUGGAAUGCUUGGCCACUGGAGAAUCUGAUGAGGUGUUGGGUGACAUGGACCCACUCAAAAUGGAGAUCAAGUUGCUCCAUUAUCCGAUGAUGAAAAUAGCAGAUGCCAUUGAAAAUAAAGCCACCAUGUAUAAGAUCGGAGAUCUCACUGGGUAUUGCACCAAUCCGAAUCGUCAUCAGAAGGGGUGGGCUAAACUCAAUGUGGAUCACCACCCUAAAAACAACAGUAAAGUGGAUGUGUGCCCAGUGGACUGCUGCCCAGUACUGCAGAGGAUCAUGGGGAUGGACUCCCUAUAACAGGGCCAGGCUCUGGCAUCCUCCCUAAAGAAUAAGAAUAGGCAGAAAUGUGCAGAUAAAAUCGCCAGGGAGCUGUCUGAUUCCAUGAUGUCUGCCGUCAACCUCUCUGGCAAUGUUGAUGGCGGUGUUGAUGACUAACUGUCUGAUCUCACUUCCCUUCCAAUCCAAGCACCAGUUCCAGUGGGACGGGGGAUUACCAAUGAAAUAGUUUGGUUCUCCCUGAAGCAUCUGCGCAUUAAAAGAACCCUUCCACAACUAUGUUUCUUUCUUCCCACUGUUCUCUGCACUCUCUCCAGGAAAAAGAGCCCCAAGAGACUGGAGCUGACAAACUCAAUACCCUUUAUUUAACCCCUACUCUGUUUUAAAACAGAAAUAAAAGAAGUAUCAGCAGGAAAAAAAAGAAAAGAAUAUAACCCCCCCAAAAAAUAUCAUUCUUUUGAAAAGAAUGGUUUUUGGGAGUAUUACCCCCAAAAAAUAUUCUUGGGGUAUAUUCUUUUGAAGCAAUAUUAUUCUUUUGAAAAGAAAGAGCAUUAAUAAACCAUUUGCCCUUUUAGAAAGAAUAACCAAAUUACACUGCCACCAACAUGUUUACCUCGCUUGUACCAGUAUUUAAUGUCUUAAUGUUUUUUAAAUUUUUUGCUAAAUGGUCUAAAAUGAUUCUUCAAGGUUGAAGUCUGUAUUUUACUUCUAUUAAGAUUGAAAAGUAAACAUUUACCUUUGUGGUUUUUUACUAUUUGUAUUUCCUCUUUUGUUAAAUGUACAUUCAUGUCAUUGGCCCUUCAUCCGUCAACGUUGAACAUUUUCCUUAAAUUUAAAAGAGCCCUUUUUAUAGCAUAAUAUUUUAAGUAUUUCUCCUAGUCUUUGUUGUCUUUUAAAUUCAGAUUUAAGGGAUGAGUAACUUUAUGAUUUUAA